AUGCAUAUUUUUUCUAAAUUGGCGGCCACCGCCACUCUUUUCGCUCCUACCGCUUUUGCUGCGUUUGGUAUCACCACCUCUUCUGGCAGCUAUGUCAUCGAUGCUGGCUCCAGCAACCCCUUCAAAGUCACGGUGUCGAGCUCUAGCUGUGACAUCACUUCGAUUCUUUACCGCAGUGAAGAGUUCCAGUACAAGUCCAAGGGCUCGCACAUCUCCAGUGGACUUGGCUCCGCCACGGUUACGCAAGAAGUUGUCGACAGCAAAUAUGCCAAGAUCACUUGCGUGACCGAUACUCUCACUCACUACAUUGUCGUCAAGUCUGGCGAGUCCAAUGUCUACAUGGGCACCUACACGACGGCCGAGCCUUCGAUCGGAGAACUGCGCUUCAUCGCCCGUCUCGACCCCAGCAAGCUCCCUCUGGAGUACCCCUACGGCGAGGUGUCGACCACGGGAGGAGGCUCCUCCGUCGAAGGCUCCGACGUCUUCCUUGUAGAUGGACAGACGCGCAGCAAGUUCUACUCUGGUCAGCGCUACAUUGACGACAAGGUGCAAUGUGUUUACCGGGACGACGAUGCGAUCCACGCCUGCAUGGUUAUGUCCCCGCUUUCUUACGAGGGUUCCAGCGGUGGACCCUUCUUCAAGGAUAUCAACACCAACAACGCCGGUGACUCUACGAACCUGUACUUCUACAUGAACUCCAACCACGUCCAGACCGAGAGCUACCGCCAGGGCUUCCACGGUCCUUACGUCCUGGCUUUCAGCCGUUCUGGUGUCCCAUCCAGCUUCGACACCUCCUUCUUCGCCGACCUGGGUAUCACUGGAUACGUCGCCACCGCUGACAGGGGUUAUGUCUCGGGCAAGGCCACUGGUGUCUCUGACCACCAGAUUGUUCUCCACUGGUACAACGACGACGCUCAGUACUGGGUCUACGCCAGCUCCAAUGGGCAAUUCACCUCUCCCGCCAUGAAGCCUGGUACUUACACCCAGGUGCUGUACCAGGACGAGCUCAAGGUUGCCACUGGCACCGCCACCGUUAAGGCCGGCUCUACCGCGACUAGCAACAUCGAGUCUACUUGGAAAACGCCGGAUGCGAUCUUCACAAUCGGUGACUGGGACGGCCAACCCUAUGGCUUCAGGAACGCCGACAAGUUCGAGCGCAUGCACCCUUCGGACAGCCGCAUGGACAGCUGGGGCCCUCUUACCUACACUGUCGGUUCUAGCGAGCUCACUGAUGUGCCCAUGGCUCUGUGGAAGAGCGUCAACACACCUCUCACCAUCAAGUUCACGGCUAGCUCUUCGCAAACCGGUGCCGCUACCCUGCGCGUCGGCACAACGCUCUCCUUCGCCGGUGCAAGACCGCAGGUCACCGUCAACAGCUACACUGCUGACGCACCCUCGGCCCCGGUGAAGAUCGACUCCCGUGGCGUUACUAGGGGUGGCUACAGGGGUAAUGGCGAGAUCUAUGAGGUCGACAUCCCCGCGGGCACGAUCACGGAGGGCGACAAUGAAAUCACCAUCGAUGUCAUCUCCGGCAGCUCGGGUGACACCUACCUCCAGCCCAACAUCGUCCUUGAUGCCAUUGAUCUGGCUCUCAACUAA